AUGAACCCACGAACCAGUGCUCAAGAAAUUCUCGACUGUGACCUAUGUCAAACAGCUGCAUUACAGAGUCAUUGUGAACUUUGUCAGAUUAACUUGUGUAAGGCCUGUGUAGGGGAGCAUCUCUCUGUUGUUGUUGUACAGUACAAACACCGGAAGUUUACCCCUACUAUUAAAUACCCAAAAUGUCCAAACCACACCCAGAGGCAAUGUAAACUUUAUUGUGAGAAAUGUGACGCUCCUGCCUGUUCUACCUGCAUCUCUAGUAAACACGAUGGGCAUUAUAUAUCAGAUGUUCUGAAGAAACUCAACUCCAAAACAGAAGAUUUAAAAAGAGAUUUUAUAGAACUUGAGCAGAGAAUAUAUCCUACUUAUAAAGAAAUUGAGUCAGAUUUACAGUCUGAAAAAUUAAACUUGGAAGCGCAAUAUGAGACAUUAAUUACAACAGUCACCGAGCACGGAGAAAUCUGA